GAAGCCGUUCCCUGGUGGACGUGUUUUGGUUGAGGUGCGCGCCCGGGGGGAUCGAUCAAAAUUCGAUCGCAACAGGACACAGUGUGUUAACGUUUGUGUGCGUGUGUACGCGUGUGUGUGUAUGUGCGUGUGUUCUGUGGUAGUGUUCGGGUAGUGCCCUCUCCCGGCUAGUGUCGGCAGUGCCUCGAUCAAUCCUUGGACUCGACUCAACACAACUCAAUCCACGACGCAGCCGACGAUGGAGCAGCUGUCGCUGUGCUGGAACAACUUCAAGGAGAACCUGGCCGAAGGAUUCCAGUCGUUGCGCGAAAAGGGUGAACUGUUCGACGUGACGAUUGCGUGCGAUGGUCGCCAGUUCCAGGCGCACAGUACGGUGUUGGCCGUGUGCAGCACCUACUUCCGGGAGAUACUCGUGGAAAAUCCGGCGCGACCGUCCAUCAUUAUACUAAAGGAUAUCUCGGGCCACCUGAUGGAGCUGCUGCUCCGCUUCAUGUACAAUGGCACAGUAAUCGUAGACAAUGCGGAGCUGGAGUCGCUGAUGAAGCAUGCCGAGCACCUGCGCAUCAAAGGGCUGACCCAGCGGGUCCGCUCCGGCGCCCCCAGCCCCGUACCGUCCGGUUCGGUGCGCCUCGGCCACAGUGACAGCAGCGGUGGUCACAACAAUGGCCACCUGCACGGUUCUUCGUCGCCACCGUUGUACGCGGGUGUUGCAGCUAGCGGUGGUGCUGGUGGCGGUGGUGGUGGUGGCGGUGUAGGUGGUAGCGGCGCGCUGCACAUCCCGAGCCCAACCCACAGCGAAUCCGAGGAGCACACACAUCACGCACAUCACCGUAAUCACCAUCACGGGCCCGGCCGGUUGCUCAAACGGAAAUGGAACGAGGAUCUGGAGGACGAGCUCAACUCCGAUACCAGCUCGGACGUGGAGUAUACCAACCAUACCCGCACCGAUCACCAUCACCAGCACCAGCAGCACCAGCAGCAGCAGCAGCAGCAACAGCAACACCAUCAGAACCAUAACCUCAACCAUCACCAUAACCUCAACACUGGCAGCACGGUCGCAGCUGGGGCAGGCUUGGAGCAAGGAUCGAGGCGCAGUCCGCCGUCGAUGGUGUUUCGGCUUCCGCGCACCGGCUCGGACCACUCGCUCGGUACGGGUGCGGUCGACUAUACCAGCCCGGGCGGUGGUUCCGCACAACAGCAGCAACAACAACAACAACAACAACAACAACAACAGGCGCUCUUUCCAAACUUUGAACGAAUCCACGGUAACUUCAUCGCUUCCGUUGCUUCGGCGGCGGCGGCAGCAGCGGCAACCACCACGACGGUGGCCACCGCCGGCGACGAAGGAACGGCAGCCACGGGAAACGGUGGCGUUAGCGUUGGUCCGACCCACAACGAUUCCACCGGUUCAACCGACAGCUUCCCGACCCGAUCGCCCCGGCUCAUGGACGUACCGGCAGUUGCGCCAGGCGAGAAGUGGUUCCAGGGGCGACUCCAGUUCAUGCUGAGCCAACGCGGGAAACCGCUCCUGGUGCACGAUGGCCACUCGUUCGGCAUUCAGUACAUACGGAAGGACAAGAAGUACUGGCAGUGCAAUCUGUCGCGCAAGUAUAACUGCAAGGCGCGCGUCACCACCACCGACACCGGCGACAUCAUCGUCACGAACAACGAGCACUGCCACACGGAGAUCCGGCAGCACUUGCGCAAGGACUACAAAACGAUGAAGCUGGCGGCGACGCUGGCCGCGACUCGUGCUUCCUUCGAUGCGACCAACCUGGCCGUCGCCUCCUCCGCCGCCAGCGCCACCGGCGGUCACGCGACGACAGCAGCGGCGGCGGUGGCGGCAGUGGCAGCGGCGGCAGCGGCCGCUGGGACCCAGCAGGCCGCCACCGAACCGGACCAGAUGCUGACGCUCAAUCUCAGCAGCAGCCUGUGGCCGAUCAAGCGCGAAACGAACCAGUGCAACGAUUGAGGCCCACUCGAAACCCCCAUCGAACGCCAUGCGCUGUGAUGCGCCCACUGAUGCCAUAUGUUAUUGUAUUUUGUUGUAGUCCCUCGCCCGCCCCUCUCAUCCCUUUCCUUUCUUCCUCUAGCAUCCCCAUUUUUUUUUUUAAACAUUGUUACAAUGCUCACAAUUAUUGAUCCCCAGUCGUCGUCGUCGUCGUGGUCGUCGUCGUUGAACGCCAUCGGACGUUCGCGACCUUCUGCGUAAAACAUCUCUCUUUUUGCAAACUCAUACCACUGGGUGCCACUAUAGCAUUAGUGCGAGCUAGCGAGCUUUAACACAACUGGUCGACGACGGCAACAGCAUACUAUUUAGUGCGGUUUAGUGAAGUAACACGAUGCUCAACUACUACUAUUAUUAACCUUUAGCAGCUACAUCGAGGCAACUAAUAAAAUGAUAUUCCGAGCGACUCUCCAAAGAACAGAAAACACACUCACACGGAUCCGGUGGUGGAAGGCGCAGACAAGGUGUGAAACGUACCAAUCAGGAUAUUCGAUAGUGGCGCGACUCAUCUUGGCUCCGGGAGGUAGUAAAGUACAAGUAUAGGCGAAUUAAAAGCAUAGACAUGACUUACGUUUGUUAACCGA